AUGUCCCAAUUAUUUAAUAAUUCCCGCUCAGACACUCUGUUUCUUGGAGGUGAAAAAAUAAGUGGUGAUGAUAUUCGUAAUCAAAAUGUUCUAGCCACUAUGGCUGUAGCAAACGUUGUUAAGUCAUCGUUAGGCCCUGUUGGAUUGGACAAAAUGCUCGUUGAUGAUAUUGGUGAUUUCACCGUUACCAAUGAUGGUGCCACUAUUUUAUCUUUGUUAGAUGUUCAACAUCCAGCGGGAAAAAUUUUGGUGGAAUUAGCCCAACAACAAGAUAGAGAAAUUGGUGACGGUACUACGAGUGUUGUAAUUAUUGCUUCUGAACUGUUGAAAAGAGCUAACGAAUUAGUCAAGAAUAAGAUUCAUCCAACCACCAUUAUAACCGGUUUCAGAGUUGCACUAAGAGAAGCUAUCCGUUUUAUUGAUGAAGUUCUUUCCACAAGUGUUGAUUCUCUUGGCAAGGAGACACUAAUCAAUAUUGCUAAGACUAGUAUGUCUUCCAAGAUUAUUGGUGCUGAUUCUGAAUUUUUCAGUAACAUGGUUGUGGAUGCCCUAUUAGCUGUCAAGACACAAAAUUCUAAAGGUGAAAUUAAGUACCCUGUUAAGGCUGUCAAUGUUUUAAAGGCACAUGGUAAGUCCGCUACCGAGUCUGUGUUGGUUCCAGGUUACGCCUUAAAUUGUACAAUUGCCUCUCAAGCUAUGCCUAAGCGUAUUGACGGUGGUAAUGUUAAAAUCGCAUGUUUGGAUUUGAACUUGCAGAAAGCUCGUAUGGCAAUGGGUGUUCAAAUUAACAUUGACGAUCCAGAACAAUUAGAGCAAAUCCGUAAACGUGAAGCUGGUAUUGUUUUGGAAAGAGUAAAAAAGAUCAUUGAUGCUGGUGCUCAAGUCGUGUUGACUACUAAGGGUAUUGACGAUUUAUGUUUGAAGGAAUUUGUUGAAGCUAAGAUCAUGGGUGUAAGACGUUGUAAGAAAGAAGAUUUAAGAAGAAUUGCUCGUGCUACAGGCGCCACAUUAGUGGGUUCUAUGUCUAACUUAGAAGGUGACGAAACAUUUGAAAGCAGUUAUCUAGGUCUUUGUGAUGAAGUCGUUCAGGCUAAAUUUUCCGAUGAUGAAUGUAUCUUAAUUAAGGGUACUUCCAAGCAUUCUUCUUCUUCAAUUAUUUUAAGAGGGGCAAAUGACUAUUCCUUAGAUGAGAUGGAACGUUCUCUACAUGACUCACUCUCUGUUGUUAAGAGAACUUUGGAAAGUGGGAACGUCGUACCAGGUGGUGGCUGUGUUGAAGCCGCUUUGAACAUUUAUCUUGACAAUUUUGCCACUACGGUUGGUUCUCGUGAACAAUUAGCUAUUGCUGAAUUUGCUGCUGCAUUAUUGAUCAUCCCAAAAACCUUAGCAGUAAAUGCCGCUAAGGAUUCCAGUGAAUUGAUUGCUAAGUUAAGAUCUUAUCAUGCUGCCAGCCAAAUGGCUAAACCAGAAGACACCAAGAGGAGAAGUUACAGAAAUUACGGUUUGGAUUUGAUUAGAGGUAAAAUUGUAGAUGAAAUUCAUGCCGGUGUUCUUGAGCCAACUGUAAGUAAAGUUAAAUCUUUGAAAUCAGCGUUGGAAGCCUGCAUAGCAGUUUUGAGAAUCGACACAAUGAUUACAGUAGACCCAGAGCCACCAAAAGAAGACCCACACGCUCAUUGA